CCCUCUCAACCUCCACAGCCCAACUGAACUUCUGAACCCCAGGGUUCGCUGCCCGGCCCCCUUCAAGCCUCGCGAUGGCGGCUGCGACGGCGGCAGGAGCAGCCGCUGCGGCCGCCUCCAUAUCCUUGUUUGCGUACUACCUCCUCUUCGGCAAGAGCGGCUCCAAGUUCCCAUGGACCCGCACCACCGGCGCGGACGACCGGAGGACGCGGCGGAAGGGCCUCGUGGAGGCCGUCGGCAACACGCCCCUCAUCCGCAUCAACAGCCUCUCCGACGCCACCGGGUGCGAGAUUCUGGGGAAGGCCGAAUUUCUGAACCCGGGAGGCAGCGUGAAGGACCGCGUGGCGGUGAAGAUCAUCGAGGAGGCUCUGAAAUCUGGGAAUCUUGUCUGUGGUGGUGUAGUAACGGAAGGGAGUGCCGGCAGCACGGCUAUUAGCUUGGCCACUGUUGCUCCUGCUUAUGGCUGCAGGUGUCAUGUUGUUAUUCCUGAUGAUGCUGCCGUUGAGAAGUCUCAAAUUAUUGAAGCGCUUGGAGCUACUGUGGAACGAGUGCGUCCUGUUUCAAUCACUCACAGAGACCAUUUUGUCAAUAUUGCAAGAAGAAGGGCAUUGGAAGCCAAUAUAGCAUCAGCACAAACGGAACCUAAUGACAUACAAACUAACGGUUCAGCCUAUCAUGACACUAAAGCGCUGAACUCUAGACAGACUAACGGUUCAGCACAUGCCAGUUCUGAAGUGCCUGACACUGGCAAAUGUUACCCUAAUUCUGAUUCGAAGGGAGGUUUCUUUGCUGACCAGUUUGAAAAUAUGGCAAACUAUCGAGCGCAUUACGAAUGGACUGGUCCUGAGAUAUGGAAGCAAACUAAAGGGACUGUCCACGCCUUUGUUGCUGCAGCUGGUACUGGCGGUACGAUUGCUGGAGUUUCACGAUAUCUUAAGGAAAUGAACAGAAAUGUCCGAUGCUUUUUAAUGGAUCCACCUGGAUCUGGUCUGUUUAAUAAGGUAACUAGAGGGGUUAUGUACACAAAAGAGGAGGCUGAGGGCAAAAGGCUGAAAAACCCUUUUGACACUAUUACUGAAGGAAUUGGAAUCAACAGGGUCACAGCAAAUUUUAUGAUGGCAGAACUGGAUGGCGCUUACCGGGGAACAGAUAGAGAAGCUGUCGAGAUGUCAAGAUUCCUGCUGAGAAGAGAUGGACUAUUUGUUGGGAGUUCUUCAGCCAUGAAUUGUGUUGGGGCUGUAAGAGUUGCCCGGGAUUUAGGUCCAGGACAUACAAUUGUGACAAUUCUCUGCGACAGUGGGAUGAGGCAUCUAAGUAAGUUCUUCAAUGAUGAAUAUCUGGCCAAUCAUGGGUUGACACCAACUGCUACUGGUCUGGAGUUUCUCGAUCAGUGAAAACGUCACAGGGGAAUGCACGAUUUCAGCAAUUUUGUCAUUCUGCGGUCUCUGUCUGAAAGCAAUUGACGAGUGAACACCGCGGCGCUGAAACAUUCCAUCAAACAAGGGAACUGUUGGCUCCAGAUAAUGGACCUCAAAUUUUAUGUCACCCUGAUCGUAGGUUUCUCUGGAAGAUAUAGUUAUGUACUUUAGAGUAGUUGUCAUUACCUUUUAGUAGGGGUUGGGAUAGCCAACCCUGUUAGUAUUAUUGUUUGUCUUCAGACUGUUGUACACUGCCAAUCUUGCUGUUUUUCUUCAGCCUGUUGUACACUGCUCAAGUCACCAAUUCAUCUUUCUAUGCAUACGCAGUUACUCCCUC